AUGUCUGAUACCCUCGGCGCUUCGUCCUCCUUGACUACCGCUUGCCGAGAGCUUCCCAUCCAAUCAGCGCUGUGCACAUUUGACUGUGCCCAGGUACUUGCCGAGUGGAUUGCUACUGUGCAGGAACGUGUUAACCCUUAUAUGGGUGUUCUUGGGAGUGACGAGUGCAACAUGGCAAGCCUUGAGGGAUUGGUGAUGCUUGAACAUGAGGACCGAAAGUUACUUGCCAAGGUUAUGGAGAUGUUGAGAAACGCUGAGAUGAAAAUGUCUAUGGAUUGGAAUAACAAUCCGAAUAGUCAAGGGAAUAAUAUCCUAAGAGCCGACUCUGGUCUGGGAUCCAAGGUACUCAAUGUGAGCGCGUACUUGCUUGACAAGGUUGUCAUCUGGCCUGCCACGCGCCUUAUGGCCCAAGCUCUUCGCGCACAAUCCGAGCACAUGGAAGCACGCGUCAAGAAUGGCGGCCUCACCCACUAGAUCCUCCUUGUUUGCCAUGCCCGUCUGUGAUGGUGUAAGAUGAAACGAAGUUCAGCACGUCAGACUACCACCUUUUCGCCCUCGAGUCAUCUAGAAAAGUUUUGUUUGUUCGCUCACAUAAAUGGCACGGAGCAAGCGGUUUAAAGGUUCAGGGGGUUACACAUAUUUCCUUACAAGUCUUCAUUUCCCUGUUUCUCACGUAUAUAACGAGUGUCGAUGUCGAGCAUUCCUUAACCUUCCUUGUACUUGGGUUUGGAUUUUUCAUAUCAUGUAUUCGGUCUGGGGCAUAGGUAUUUCGUCUUCAUCCUGAGAUUUUUAGUUUCCUUUCCCCCUCGUUUUUGAUUUUCUUUCUCCGGGGCACGGUGUUUUUGAUUACCUUCUGGGUUCCAUUUUUUCUUGCUUAUUUGUGAUUUUAACCCAUCUUAUGGCAUUGUACGUUUUCGAAUGUUUCUCUGUAAGGACAAUAGGAAUUUCCUUUGUUUCAUGUAUCGGGUGAAUAGGAUUUUGUAGUUGAAUGAGCGUUUAUU